GGCUCAAUAGCAAGAUUUUCAGCGAAAGGGAAACUGGCGACUCGGUGAAGAGAUAAUAUUAGAACACACUCUGGAUUUCCAAAUGCUAGUGACAAUACCGUUAUAUUGAUGCAUUUAAUUAGUAUUUUAUGUUAUAUAGGCGGUGUGGAAGGAUCUGUUGAUAAAAGCAGAACUGUGUAAAACUAAUACGGGGUGGGGGGGAUUGGGGACGCAAUCGUCGUCGGGUCAGAACAUGUCGAUUCAGUACGAGGUAGAACCGCUGGCAGACAGCUACGGGCCAGCAGACUCGUUCCCUAAAGAUUUUGGGUAUGGAGAAGAGGAGGCCGACAUCGAGGAUAGUCCAUCAUCUUCUGACAGUAAACCCAGAAUUCUGUUGAUGGGUUUGAGGAGAAGUGGAAAAUCUUCAAUACAGAAGGUGGUAUUCCAUAAAAUGUCUCCAAAUGAGACAUUGUUUCUGGAGAGCACCAACAAGAUCUACAAGGAUGACAUCUCAAGCAGCUCGUUUGUCAACUUCCAGAUCUGGGAUUUCCCGGGUCAGGUCGACUUCUUUGACCCCACCUUUGACUAUGAGAUGAUCUUCAGAGGCACUGGGGCCUUGAUAUUUGUCAUCGAUGCACAGGAUGACUAUGUUGAGGCUUUGGGCAGGCUCCACCUCACCGUGUCCCGGGCCUACCGGGUCAACCCCGAUAUCAAUUUUGAGGUGUUCAUCCACAAAGUGGACGGCCUCUCUGAUGACCACAAGAUUGAGACUCAGAGGGACAUACACCAGAGAGCCAAUGAUGACCUGGCAGAUGCUAGCCUAGAGAAGCUUCAUCUCAGCUUCUAUUUGACAAGUAUCUAUGACCACUCCAUAUUCGAGGCCUUCAGUAAAGUGGUCCAGAAGCUUAUCCCACAGCUGCCAACACUGGAAAACCUGUUAAACAUCUUCAUAUCUAACUCAGGCAUAGAGAAGGCCUUCCUGUUUGACGUGGUCAGUAAGAUCUACAUCGCCACAGACAGCAGCCCGGUGGACAUGCAGUCCUAUGAGCUGUGCUGCGACAUGAUCGACGUGGUCAUCGACGUGUCCUGCAUCUACGGCCUUAAGGAGGACGGUAGCGGGAGUGCCUACGAUAAGGAGUCCAUGGCCAUCAUCAAGCUGAACAACACAACCGUCCUCUACCUGAAAGAGGUCACCAAGUUCCUGGCUCUGGUCUGCAUCCUCCGGGAGGAGAGCUUUGAGCGCAAAGGCUUAAUAGACUACAACUUCCACUGUUUCCGGAAGGCCGUCCACGAGGUGUUUGAAGUGGGCGUGUCCACGCUGUGGGCGGGUUCCCAGACGGUCGGCACACCCUGCUCCAAGGCUGUGACACUCAACGGCACCCCCCGGAGCACUGUCUAAACACACGCAGACAGAGAGACAUAGAGGGAGAGUACGAGGGGGAGAGAGAGGACAGACGGAUGGAAAGGAAAGUGAGUGGGCGGGAGGGAGGGAGGGGGAAGAUAUGGGAAAGACUGAUGGACUUUCAAUAAGCCAAUCAUAUUCCUCGCUCCCAGAUCAGAUAAAAGCACAGAGGGAUGACUAUAGAGCUAAACAUUUCAAUAAAAAGUUAAGGCUGAACCUGCAGGUCAGAGGGUAGCAGGACUGCAGCCAUACAAAGUUAGGACAGAAGGGAAUCUAAAGGCAGUGACACAGAGGAACGCCUGAAUGCAAGACAUUGUUCGCUGCUGGUGGCACAGUUUGCCAUGAGAAAAGACUGCCAAAGGAAAGUUCAGCAGGGCUGGUAUUUGCAAGCAAAAGCGUAUAAAGGCUUUUGCGACUCUCUGAGAGAAAAAGCCAGAAUGUGCUGCCAGCCUCAAGAGCCCUGUGGAAGUGAGGCGACAUCGCUGACUGUUUUAGCUGCUGGUCCACCCAUGUGAAGAUGGAAAAAAUGUAAACAUGUAAUCCUGGUAAGGAGAUUAUACUGCAACACCUGUAGGGGGUCAGUAUUGUCAUAUAACCCCCAGACGUAUGGGUCUCUAAGAAUUGUUUGGCUUGGCCAAAUUCCACAUAUAUAGUAACACAUUCUCAAGGCCUUAUCUAGAUUGAGCUUGCCUGAUUGCAAGCGUUCUCUCACUACUCACCUGUCUGCUGCCCGACACUUCUGGUUUCACUACCUCUGAAGAGGAAACGUUUCCUCAGCAGGGUGCAAAAGGGAUUGUGGUGUUCACUUGUUCUAAAUCUUUGUGUUUGUGCGUGUGCACGUGUGGCUGCGUGCAUGCGUGCACGCGCGCGUGUGUGUGGGAGUGCAUGUUGAAAGAGGAUUGCUUGUGAUUACGGAUUCAUGACUAAGUGGUGUUAUUUUGAUUGGCUUAUGUAGGCCCUGUACUCCAUUGUUGAAUCCUACUGUAUAUUGCAGUGCCAUGUUGGAAUACUGAGCUCAAAGAUGAAGCUUCUCCCAUCGCUGAUCAGUCAAAUGUAUAGAUUCUGAGACAACAUCAUAAAUUCAAACUGCAAUCGGUUGGAUAUCUGGUUCAUUAGAAUCUUGCAGACAACCUAAAAAUCUAGCCUUUGGGAAUUGGCGUAUUCUCUCGGCUAUCAAGUGAGUUCUAGAAUAAAACGCAUUCUAAUUAGAUUCCCUUGUGCAUGAAGUGGGUAGCCAGUCUUGCUAUUAUGACUAGCAUGGAUCCCCUGCCUUAUAAAUAAUGGCUAAUACCAACCACCAACUAACUAUUCUGAUCUUCUACUAACAUGUUCAACUCAUUCACGUAUGACCUCACCAGUUGUUCAAGCAUGAGCCUGUUCCUCUUGACCGAGCUGGCAGUCAGAAGCCAUUAAGAAUUAGUCUGGUCCCAGAGCAGAUUGUGUCGCCUUGCUAAGGUGUAACAAUGAGUUGGUAAGUCAACACAACCAGAUCUGGAAACAGGCUGAACUAGAAAUGGUCUCUGAUGGGAUCUUUACAUUCCGGUUGUGUGGCAUCAAUGGACAUGAUGGAAUUGUGGUUAUAGUAAUGAUGAACACAAUGUUUGUAGUCAAUCCACUACUGUUACUAGUCAGUUCACUCUGCCAUCCACAUCAUGCCGGCUCGCUCGUAGACAGGACUGCCACUGCAGCUUUUCACUUCUGGCACGUCUUUAUUGUUUUGCUCCAAUUCUGCUGAUGUUGAAUGUUAUCCUUGCCAUGUCUGUAUUAGGACACCUUCAGAGUCACGAGGAGGCCGUCCUGGCAUGGAAACUGUAGGUCAUGUUGUUUUAGGCUUUUGCUGCCAAUGGUUUGGUUCAUCUGAGGAGAUUCCUGCGUGAUGCCUUGUAGCAGCCCUCUUUGGAUAUUUUGUCACUAAUUGAACUUUUGACUAUUCAAAUCUGCCCUAAAAGAAAACAACUGAUGUGAAUAUGCCCUAUUUGACUGGUUAAAAGAACUAAUUCUCUGGCCUGAGAUGUUGUUUGAAAGAUUAAUUGUUUGUCCUGGUUCAGUUAUAUUCAGCACUCUGAGCCUUAUAGGACUGUGUACACAUGCAGUCAUAUUGAGAUUAAUGUUUUUUGUUUUCAAGAAUUGGUAAUUUGAUCUGGAAAAUAACGAGUGCAGCCAUUUUAAUUUCAGUAUCAAAUAGUUUUCAUUCUUUUUCAGUGUUAUUUUCAAUAACAGUUUCAUACAAAACACAGUAAAAACUGGCUUUUUGAACGCACUGGGUCUUUAAUUGACAGCCAAAUUGGGCCUCUGGUAUAAUUGCAGACAAACAGUAGCAGGGUUGAUAGCAUCUCUGGUUAAUUUAAAAUGUAGUCUUUAUACUGUAGGAUAUUUUGUUCACAUACAGUGUUGUUACAACUUUGUUAAGGUUUCACCUUUGCUGAGGGGUUCAGGUUAAUUUCUUGGUUUUAUCUCUUCAAUCCGCACAAAACACAUGAAACACAGUGGAAGCAAAUAUAGCCAUUCCAAGCGUGUUUGAAACAAAGUCUCCAAGCUAAACUGCAAUAACAUUGCUCAUUUUAUUUCACUGUGGCAAAUGCAGACCACGACUAACAGAACAUGGAACCUGGGGUAAAAUGACCAAAUUGCUUUAUUCAGCCUUGAUGACCACAAGAAAAGUGUUUGUCUGCGUGUUUCUGUGUGUUUAUUUGAUUUCCGGAUAGCAGACAUUUGAGACCUGAAAGGAGGUAAAUCUGCUGUUAGGCUGUCCUUGGUUCUGCAAAAGGUUUUAUCAUUCACUUGAAAUAAACACUUGCACAUCCAAAA